GGUACACAGCGUUAUAGAAAAUCUUCAAUUUCUUGGCCAUUUCUCUUAUAGAAUGGCCUUCAUUUCUAAGAACAGAUUGUCGGGUUUCUGGCCAUUUUGAGAUUUUAAUCAAACCCACAAAGGUGAUGCUCCAGAAACCCAACUAGCUCAAAGGAAGAUCAGUUUUAUAGCUUCUUUAACCACCUAAGCUGUUUUGAGCUGUGCCAACAUAAUUGUACAAGGUUUUCUAAUCAUCUGUUAUCCUUCAAAGGCAACUAGCAAGCACAAUGUACCAUUAGAACACUAGAGUGAUGUUUGCUGUAAAUGGGACUCUUACAAAACUACGUAGAUGUUGCAUUAAAACUGGACGUUUCCAGCUAGAAUAGUCAUUUACCACAUUAAGAAUGUAUAGAGUUUUUUCCUGAUUAGUUUAAUGUUAUUUUCAUUGAAAAAAACUGCUUUUUUUUUCAAAAAGGAGGGACCCCAAACUUUUGAACGGUAGUAUACGGGGGUGCUGUAACACUUGCUUGAAAGUAUGACUUAACCACCAAAUCUGAUAAAAGUUUGACAGAUGUCGAAAUAAUUGGGUUCGAUAUUAAACCCUUUGAAAAAGCUGGAAAAAAAUAUUUUUGCCACCGUAGCCCCUCUCCAUCCAGAUAAAAGACACGAGGCACAGAGGCACCAGAAAUUUGAACGAUGAUAUUGAUUACGUAUUGUAUUUUUGUACAUUUUGUAAAUACAAAAAUAAAUAUAUCAAUGAAGCUCACGAGCGCUGUUAUCGUCACAUACACAAAAGUGUUUCGAAAGACACUUAUGUAGUACAGUAGUUAUGUUGAUUGUAUUAGUAGGUCAACGGAGGUAUCGCGUUAUUUCAAAGCAUGAGUCUGCUGUCUCGCGAUAUUUCCUGGUUGUUGCGCAUUCAAAGGCGUCUCUCCGACAAGCAACUUUGUCCAGUCGUCUCUUACAGGGCACACAAAAUGGCGUCAGCUCCUGAUUACAGCUCCUACAGCCAAUCCGGUUCCCAGCCGGGGUAUGCUUCUUAUGCCGCUCCGGCGUCACAAGCUUAUGGACAAUCUGCCCAGAGCUAUGGUCAGCAAAGUUAUGGAUCAUAUGCUCAGCCCGGUGCCGCUGCUACCGCUGCUGCUGAUAACACCUACGCCCAGGCUACACCAGCUGCUGGAAGUUACUCUCAGCAACAGCCCCCACAGCAAUAUAGCUCCUCCUAUGGCCAGCCAGCACAAGCUGGCUAUCCCGCUGCCCAAACGGCCGCUCACGGUUACACUCAGUCAUCCCAGGCUUAUGGCGCACAGGCUUACGACGGUGCACCCGCUGCCGCCGCGGCUGCUGCCGCUCCGGCUGCAUCCCAGUCUUAUGGGUCUCAACCAGGGUAUACUGCUCAGUCCGCUUAUCCUGCUUAUGGUGGACAGCCAGCUCCUGCUGCACCGCAGAGUUACAGUGCUAACGGCCAGCCUACUGGCUACAACCAAAGCGGCUACUCCCAACAGGCGGGGUAUGGCCAGCAGCAGUCUGGUUAUCAGGCCCAGCAGAGCAGCUAUAGCCAACCACAGGGUGGGUACCAACAAGCCCAGCAGUCGCAGCCACCCCCUGCUUACCCUCCCCAGGCUGCCGGUUCCUACGGGCAGCCGCCAAGCGGCCAGUAUGGCCAGCAAGGUGGACCGCCCAGCUAUCAGUCCAACCAUUACAAUAAUUACAGACAGGAUGGUUCUGGCUACUCGGAACCGUCAAGGUUUUCAGAGGGCAGGGGCCGUGACGGUUUUGACAGAGGAGGAAUGAUGCAUCGUGGCCGUGGCAUGGGUCGUGGCAUGGGCAGCGCUGGAGACAGAGGUGGCUUCAGUAAGCCUGGUGGACACAUGGGCGGCGAGGAACGCGAGAUGGGACGACCUGAAGAGCAAGAUGACACCGAGAACUGUGCUAUCUACAUCACCGGCUUGACCGAGAAGGCUAACAUUGACGAAAUGGCCGAAUUCUUUAAAAGCGUCGGCUCAAUUCGAUUCAAUCGCAGGCUCGGACAGCUCGCCAUAAACAUCUACACUGACAAGGAUUCAGGAAAGCCCAAAGGAGAUGCCACCCUCUCCUAUGAGGAGGCUGCCUUUGCAAAGGCUGCUGUGGAGCAGUUUGACGGCAAGGAAUUUCAAGGCCGGAGACUCAAGGUGUCCAUGGCACGCCGUAAAACCCAGAUGCCCAUGCGCGAUGGCAUGAUGGGCCGUGGAGGUAUGAUGGGCCGCGGAGGAGAUCGUGGUGGGUUCAUGCCCCGAGGUGGACCACGUGGCAUGGGCCGUGGCGGACCCACAGGGCCCAACGCACAACAGAGGGCCGGGGACUGGGAAUGUCCUAACCCGGGUUGUGGCAACCAAAACUUUGCCUGGAGGAUGGAGUGCAACCAGUGCAAAGCUCCCAAGCCAGAAGGCAUGGGCGGCGGACCGCCAUUCCCUCCCGGCGGUGAAAGAGGCCGAGGCGGAAUGGGAAUGCGAGGAGGCCGAGGCAUGGACCGCGGCGGUCCCGGUGGUCCGGGAGGCUUCCGUGGAGGCUGGGGAGGAGAUCGUGGCGGAUUCAGGGGAGGCGAUCGUGGAUUCAGGGGUCGCGGCGGCAUGGACAGGGGAGGUUUUCGCGGUUCCGGCCGUGGUGGGCCACCCAUGGGUGGCAGAGGACGAGGAAUGGGCCCGCCAGGUGGCAAGAUGGACAUGAGGGACCAUCGCCAGGAGCGCAGAGACCGACCAUAUUGAAGUUCUUCUUAAACCUUGUUUUUUUUUGUUUUUGUUUUUUAAGAGGAGCAUUUUUAAUUUGUUUCUAUGUUCACUUAACUACCCUCAAACAUCCUGUCCAGUUCUACUUACAUUUUUACUUAUUUGCCGAUUACCGUACAACAGUGCAUGUUAUAUUUUUUGUAAUGCGGCGUAGUUGUGUCAUUGUAUCAACGCUGUUAUUGUUGUAAAAUUGCCUGCCCCCCUUUCCUUCAGAAAAUUGUUGUGGGGAAUAAACUUUUAUUCAUAAUAUAAA